AUUCAAAGGGGCUGAUGAUAUUCUUUGAAAACUUUAAAAUUUUUAUUUCAAAAGAUUUAUAAUGCCACCAAUAAUUUUUUUUUUUCUUCAAUGAAACUCAUACAUUCGAUUGAAAAGAGACGCUUUUCGUUAUGUCAUGGAAUUUAGCGCGGCGCAAGUCGGAAAAGCUCCUUUCCAGUCGCUGCCGCCGCGAUUCAAUCGAUUUGGAGCGGCGCGCAUGCGGGGCUACAGGGCGGACAAAGAUAGGCGCAUGUAGGCGAACUCGUGACGUAACGUCUCUCCCCUCUCUCUCUUCCUCUCACGCUCCAUGCAUCUCUCCGUCUCUUUUCCUCUGCAGCAAAGCGCAUGAAUGUCUCUCUCUACUGUACCCUACUGAAACUCGUGCCAACAUUGCAGAAGUCAGCAUAUAGCGACAAACGCUCAGAGCAGCAGAGAGACCAAGAAAACUCGACCGUAGCCAUCUUGUUUGUCAUCGAACACUUAUAAAAUCCUCCUGUUACGGACUUAACUUAAGUCGAAUAAGGUCAGGAACCUUUGAUUCUGUGUAUGCAACCAUCAGCUCCAGGCUAUGGACCCCAAUAUGGACGAUUGGCUCGACUCAUCGGAUGUGCCACCUGCUCCAUCACCGCCGAGUCUGAGUGCCACCGAGGCCUACCAGAGCCGUAGGAAAUCACCAACUCCGGACAGGUGGCAAAGAAGACGGAGCAGAAGCCGGUCCAACAGUAGGCCUAGAUCAUACAGAAGGUCAAGAUCUUCAGAACGUGAUAGAGAAUAUAAUAGAGAUAGGGUCAGAGAAUGGGACCGAGAUAAAGAUAGGUAUAAUGAUAAAGAAUAUGAAAGGGAAAGAGAUUCAUACAGAGAUAGGGACUCAAAUAGAGACAGAGACUCGUAUCGAGAUAGAGAUAGUCAUAGAGACAGGGAACGAGACAGAGACAGGGAUAGGGAAAGGAAUAGAGACAGAGAUAGGGAACAUAGAAGACGAUCAAGGUCAAGGUCUAGAUCUAGGUCAAGAGGAAGAUCACCUUCAUCCAAAUCCAGAUCCAGUAAUAAGUCCAAAAAAAGCAGUCAAUCUAAAAAACACAAAUCCAAACAACCUGAAGUCCAAGAUGAUUACAAUCCUUCACCUUCGCCAUUUAUGGCUCAAGCAAAUGCCUUUAAAAAUGAUGGAAGCUUCAUGGAAAUGUUCAAGAAAAUGCAAGAAGCAAAUACUGUGCAAGAAGCUGAAACUACCAAACCUAUUUUGCAAGAGAAACCUGUUGCUCCACCACCAUUGAUGGUAGGCAAAAGACGUGGGGGUAGGAUACUGAAAACUGGUAUGGUUGCCAAGCAAAAGACUGAACAAGUAGAAGAAAAGCCCAAAGAUGCCUGGUCACUAUACAUGGCUGAAGUUAAAAAGUACAGAGAAGUCUGCUGUCAAGAAGAAGAUAAUACUAGACCACUUGUCAAAUAAAUUAGAACUAGAUCAUAUCUAUAAUAUUAAAUAUCAAGUUUUGUUAUUCUCUGUUUAGGUUAUUCAUAGUAACCUAAAUAUUGGCUAAAUUAGGUUCUUUAAAAAGAUUUAAUGAUUUGUUGAAGUUAUACUCAAAUGUAUUAUAAUUUGAACUGAUGAGUAAUAUCAUAAACAGUUUUUUAUACAUGUUUGGUACAAAUGUAUUUCCAACUUCUGUUUAUGAUUCAUACAGUAUGUUUUAAUGUUUUUUAUGAAGUAUUUCAUACCUUAAAUUUCAUAAAAAGUCUCAGGUAUUAUUAGAUUGUCUUCUACUUCAAAGUAAAACUGUAAAAUCUCUUUUUCUGCUAAAUUAUGAGAAGAAAAUAAUAAGAUAUUCUCAUGGUAGGCAAGACAAAAACAGUUUAUCAACUGUUUACAUCAUUGUAAAAUUUUAUAAAAAUUAUUAUUCUAAAUCCAAAUUAGUUAAAUUUCAAACUUUUAAAUUAUGAAGGGAU